AACUGUGCCGGGAGAAAAAGCAACUGCUGAUCCAGACAGUGUGAAGUUAAAUGAUUUUGGACACCAGCAGCAAGAGGGAGGGAGCGGGAUUGUACCUUGAGAGGUAUACACAGUAAAAGUGAGGUUUUGGGGACUUUUGUGCGCAUUUUACGCACCUUUGAAGUGGAUGACGGUAGCGUAAACAGCUGUUGGAUCGAUAUCCCCAAAUCAAUUCUUUUUUUUUUGAAGGGGCGUUAUCUUUGACUUCAACGAUUUUUUUUCAAAGUCAUGCCACGUUUGAGAUUACGCCUGUGAUGGGCUGAUCCGCCUCUUGUUUUUACGCUCAGCUGCUGCGAGAGCUCAGAGAGGCGAAAAGUUACCGAAGUUGCCUUUCCUCGUUUGCCUGGUUUCUUCUUCUUCUUCUUCUUCUUCUUUUUAAAUUCUCGGAUCUCUACUCCCAGUCCUCCUGUCCUCCCCAGCAUGCCUGGCUGACGCCUGACAGGAAUGGCAUCGGCUGUGUUUGAAGGGACGUCGCUGGUCAACAUGUUUGUCCGGGACUGCUGGGUGAACGGGAUCCGGAGACUCAUCAUCAGCCAGCGCGGGGAGGAAGAGGAGUUCUUCGAGAUCAGGACUGAGUGGUCCGACAGGAACAUUUUAUACUUGCAUCGGAGUUAUUCGGAUCUGGGGAGGCUGUUUAAAAGACUGCUGGAGUCCUUUCCUGAGGACAGAAGAGACCUCUCCAAGUCUCCAAUGAUAGAAGGACUGGUAAAAAUCAAAGAGGCAAGCGACAUAGAGGAGAAGCUGAACGAGGUGGAAAGACUACUGAAGAACGCCAUCAACAUGCCAUGCAAGUAUUCCAGGUCAGAGGUGAUGUUGACCUUCUUUGAGCGAUCACCGCUGGACCAGGUGUUGAGGAAUGACAAAGUCCACAGAAUCCAGCCAUGUUUUCAGAGUCCAAUCAAGAUAUCAGAGAUCAUGCGGUCCAAUGGAUUCUGUCUGGCCAACACAGAAACCAUUGUAUUUGAUCACAGUAUCCCUGAAGAGAAAGAGAGACCGUCAUCCACUGACUCUGUAGAACAUACGUAUGAGGAUGGAACAGAGUUUUUGCCAAUGGAAGCAGAUGUGUGCGACGAGGAAACAGAAGCGUAUGUCACCAACCUGUCCUACUACCAUCUGGUCCCAUUUGAAACUGACAUCCUGGAAUGAGGACGUAUCUAGCAGAUGCCUGUCGAUGGAAAUCUCUGAGAAAUAUGUACUCUUCAGUGGAACCAAACUAUGCAAUGCUGCACAAAGCUGCUCCGAUUCAAUGCUGCUCUACAGUUAGUGUAGAAUAUCCACCGAAACAUUAGAAGAAGCAGCCACAACAGCAGCACCACUUUGUUUUCAUCCACUUUAUGUGACGUCACCAGUGUGCCUCAUCCUUUUUUCGUCCUGAGACUGACUGUGAAAGGCUUUCAGGUGAUGGAAUACCACCUGUGGGAGCCACAGUGAAGUCCUCUGCAAUGCUCUGAAGCAUGCUGCUUGGCCACUUUAGCGUCUGUGGUUUGUUGUAUGACUGCGAUCGGUGGCGUGAGAACCACACGUGAGCUGAUUUUUGGAAGCAAAUGUAACUUAUUGGCCCAUUUAUUCUUAAUGAAUUGACCAGCACUCUUUCUUUUUUACUGAGUUGGUUUGUCUUUCUUGUUUGUUCACUCAUGGUUUGCUAAGAGAUUUGUGCUACUGCAAAGACAGAGAGCCGCCAUGAAACUUUGUGUAUUUUCCUUGUUUAUGGUGCAGUUAUCACCAGCAUUUAGCAUUUUGCUUGUUUGUGUACCAGCUUAAAACUCAUAGGAUAAGUCCUAUUUUGUUGCUAUGAUAUGCAGUGACGUGCCUGUACUCUAAGAGCAAGUGAAACUAGACUGCGUGGAUUUGAGAUAUUUGUCGACUACUAAGGAUAGAAGACUAGAAACAGAUAUUUCUAUAAGCUGGUGCAAUGAGCAAGAAUUAUGAAACUAAAACGAGCUGCAGUUUGCUAGCAUAAGCUGGAAAAUGAUUCUUCAGGGUGCUUUUGUUUCACUUGGUUCUUUGACUACUGUCAAACUGAAGAACGCAAAAGAAAUAAAGUGUAAUUAUCAUGUUGUCGCGACGCUCUCUUUCCAAAAUGAGAAACUUAAUGCUGGCUAUUUGGAUUUUUUUUUCUUUUUUCAUGAUGUUUUGCCUGAAUAAUACAUUAGAAUGUAAUCAUGUCAGACAUGUGGCUUGUUUGUGUUGGCUCAUUUUAAAUUCAUGAACAAAUAGUUGGAUUAAUGAGGGCAGAGACCGAGUGUUGCCGUUAAGGUGGAAAACCGCAUCAACUCAGUGCUGUUGUUGCCAUCUGACGAUAAAUUGGGGCAAAGAAAGCUUUGUUUAUUGGUCCAAUUGAGGUCAUUUCUAUCCCGUUCUGUAAGAUGACAUGAAUGGGCUCAGGCAGACAGCUGACUACAGUCUCAGUGAAUGUGGGAGUCUGCAGCUCGGCCUGUGAUGGUGAAACAAGACCUCCCUUUAUCUAAGGAAAGACAAACGACCUUGCUAUACUAAAACUUUCUAUAGAAAAGUUGCGUGAAAAUGGCAAACACUCGAUUAAAAUUCAUGCCUUUGUAUGUUUAUAGGUCCUUCCAUCAUGCGGAGGACACUUUUAUUCCUCAAGCUGAGACCAUGAAACUCGGUGGAGCACUGCGUAUGUUUGAAUGCGACUGAAAAGGCUAAAAUGUAUGUUUGUGUAGGCUUGGCUGCCAUUGUUUUGACAAGUUUUGUCACCGCGGGGAGUCACUGUGGCCUUUGAAUGUAGGCUAACAGCUUGCAUCCAGGUUUCUGCCCUUCUAAAUACAA